AUGAAUCAUGUAGACGUGUUGAAGAAGAUUGCUGAAGGUGAUCAAGAGACUCUAGACAGUUUGCCUGUAAGUAGAAUUUAAAAACAUUUUUCUCUACCCUACCAUACUUUGUUACAACAUACGUAUAUAAAUAUAACAAUGAUGAUUUCAGGAACUGUGUAAGCAGAUUCGGAUGCAUCCAAAUGCUUGUAGUAAUCUUGGGCACGUUGACUCGAUAAAACGUGCCAUUCAUUUCACACAACAUCGAACACGACACGCCGCAGACAUGUUCUGCAUUGCCACUUCAUUUUGUACGGGUUAA